CCUGGCUGGGCCCUGGGAGCCGGAGGGACUGAGCCCGGGAGCCAGCGGAGCGGUCGUCGUCGCCCGCGCCGAGCCGCGCCGCCCGCCCGCCCGCGCUCCAGUCCGCCGUGCCUAGCAGCGGGGCCCAGCAUGGUCAUGGCGGAUGGCCCGAGGCACUUGCAGCGCGGGCCGGUCCGGGUGGGGUUCUACGACAUCGAGGGCACCCUGGGCAAGGGCAACUUCGCCGUGGUGAAGCUGGGGCGGCACCGGAUCACCAAGACGGAGGUGGCGAUAAAAAUCAUAGAUAAAUCUCAGCUGGAUGCAGUGAACCUUGAGAAAAUCUACCGAGAAGUACAAAUAAUGAAGUUGUUAGACCAUCCUCAUAUAAUCAAACUUUAUCAGGUAAUGGAGACCAAAAGUAUGCUGUAUCUUGUGACAGAAUAUGCCAAAAAUGGAGAAAUUUUUGACUAUCUCGCUAAUCAUGGCCGGUUAAAUGAGUCAGAGGCCCGGCGAAAAUUCUGGCAAAUCCUUUCUGCUGUUGAUUAUUGUCAUGGUCGGAAAGUUGUGCACCGCGAUCUCAAGGCUGAAAAUCUCCUGCUGGAUAACAACAUGAACAUCAAAAUAGCAGAUUUCGGUUUUGGAAACUUCUUUAAAAGUGGCGAGCUGCUGGCAACUUGGUGUGGCAGCCCACCCUACGCAGCCCCCGAAGUCUUCGAAGGGCAGCAGUACGAAGGACCACAGCUGGACAUUUGGAGCAUGGGAGUUGUUCUUUAUGUCCUUGUUUGUGGAGCUCUGCCUUUUGAUGGACCAACUCUUCCAAUCUUGAGGCAGAGAGUUCUGGAAGGAAGAUUCCGGAUUCCGUAUUUCAUGUCUGAAGACUGUGAGCAUCUUAUUCGAAGGAUGUUGGUCCUUGACCCAUCUAAGCGGCUAACCAUAGCUCAAAUCAAGGAGCACAAGUGGAUGCUGGUGGAAGUUCCCGUACAGAGACCCAUUCUCUAUCCUCAAGGGCAGGAAAACGAACCAUCCAUCGGGGAGUUUAAUGAGCAGGUUCUGCGAUUGAUGCACAGCCUCGGAAUCGACCAGCAGAAAACCAUUGAGUCUUUGGAGAACAAGAGCUAUAACCACUUUGCUGCCAUUUAUUUCUUGUUGGUGGAGCGCCUGAAAUCACACAGGAGCAGUUUUCCUGUGGAGCAGAGGCUUGAUGCCCGCCAGCGUCGGCCUAGCACCAUCGCUGAGCAAACAGUUGCCAAGGCACAAACCGUGGGGCUCCCGGUGACCAUGCAUUCGCCCAACCUGCGACUGAUGCGGUCGGCCCUCGUCCCGCAGGCGCCCAAUGUGGAGGCCUUUCCCUUCCCAGCCCCCGGCUGCCAGGCAGAAGCAGCCUUUAUGGAAGAAGAGAGCGUGGACACUCCAAAGGUCAAUGGCUGUCUCCUGGACCCGGUGCCUCCUGUCCUGGUGCGGAAGGGCUGCCAGUCCCUGCCCAGCAACAUGAUGGAGACGUCCAUUGACGAAGGCCUGGAGACUGAAGGCGAGGCGGAGGAAGACCCGAGCCAGGCCUUUGACGCCUUCCAGGCCACGCGCAGUGGGCAGAGGCGGCACACUCUGUCCGAAGUGACCAAUCAGCUGGUCGUGCUGCCUGGCUCAGGGAAAAUGUUCUCCAUGAGUGACAACCCCUCCCUGGACAGCGUGGACUCGGAGUAUGAGAUGGGCUCCAUUCAGAGGGACCUGAACUUCCUGGAGGACAACCCUUCCCUGAAGGACAUCAUGCUGGCCAAUCAGCCAUCACCCCGCAUGACGUCUCCCUUCAUAAGCCUGCGACCUGCCAACCCAGCCAUGCAGGCUCUGAGCGCCCAGAAACGGGAGGCCCACAAUAGGUCCCCAGUGAGCUUCCGAGAAGGCCGCAGGGCGUCGGACACCUCCCUUACCCAAGGAAUCGUCGCCUUUAGACAGCACCUUCAGAAUCUGGCGCGAACCAAAGGCAUCCUGGAGCUGAACAAAGUGCAGUUGCUCUACGAGCAUAUAGGCUCAGAGGCCGACCCCAGUGUGGCGUCAGCCACUCCGCCGCUCCAGGACCUUCCUAGCAGCUGUCCCCAGGAGGAAGUUUCUCCGCAGCCGAAGAGCGCGGCGGCUCUCCCCGGCGCCGUGCGCCCGCAGCGCCCCCAGCGGCCGGGCCUGGAGGCGCAGUACCUGCAGCACCGUCUCCAGAAGCCAGGGCUUCUGUCCAAAGCCCAGAAUACCUGUCAGCUUUAUUGUAAAGAACCUCCCCGGAGCCUUGAACAGCAGCUGCAGGAGCACAGACUUCAGCAGAAGCGGCUCUUCCUGCAGAAGCAGUCCCAGCUGCAGGCUUACUUUAAUCAGAUGCAGAUAGCGGAGAGCUCCUACCCGCAGCCCAGCCAGCAGCUGCCCCUGGCCCACCCGGAGACGCCGCCGCCUUCGCAGCCGCCGCCCUUCGCCCUCACCCAGCCCCUGAGCCCCGUGCUGGAGCCCACGUCGGAGCAAAUGCAGUUCAGCCCUUUCCUCAGCCAGUACCAGGAGAUGCAGCUGCCGCCCCUGCCCUCCUCGCCUGGGCCCCGCGCCCCCCCUGCGCUCCCCACACACUUGCAGCCGCCGCCACCGCCACCUCCUCCGCCUCCACAGCCACAGCCGUCUGGAGCUGCCUCCGCGCCCUUACAGUUUCCCUACCAGACUUGUGAGCUGCCGCGGGCUGCGGCCUCUGAGCCAGACUAUCCCGCGCCCUGUCAGUACCCCAUGGACGAGGCCGCGCAGAGCAGCAUGGGGCCGCCCGAGGAUCCCCAGAGCUCAGGACUGCAGGAAGCCCCCGCCACCUACGACCCUCUGGCCCUGUCGGAGUUCCCUGGACUCUUUGAUUGUGAGAUGCUGGAGGCUGUGGACCCCCAGCACAACGGCUACGUUCUGGUGAAUUAGUCUCAGCACGGGAGCAAGGCAGCUCAACUGAAGGAAGAGUGUCUAUUUGCAGUCCAGCCUUUUAAAUUCGAAGCUUAUUUUUCUGCCUUCUCUCUAAUGGGGAAAAAAAUCAAGUUGCCCAACUGGAAUCAGAGAGCCUGGCUGGGUCGAUGUCACUCCUUCCUGGCCCCCUCCACCCACCCCAGUUUUCUGUAGUAAGUGCUGGAACAUAGUUGUUAAGCUGAAGUUCGUGCUCUCUUGGUCCUGGGAGGAAACUCCCGGGAGGCACCCACAGAUGUGCUUGAAAGAUGACAUCCAGACCCAGGCCAUGUGCUGAGCUGCCCCAGUCCACCACCGAGGGGGACCCUUGAUGAUUGUGGGGAAAUGUGGGCCACACCCUGUGGGCAGAACCGACAGGGCAGUGCAUUUUCCACUGAAGCCAAGAAACAGCGUGUCGCUUAAAGGAAGUCAUGAGUACCUUUGGUAAAAUCGGAAUCACGGGAGGCAAAGGUGUCCUUUGUCACUGCAUCCUGAGUUCUAAGCUGCUGGUGCCCGUUCUCCCGCGUCCACGACACAGCAGGAGAGCCUGAGCUCCGUUGGGUUUGGGGGAGGAGGGGCUGCUAAAAUAAGAGCUGGUACUGACCCCGGAGACUGGCAGCAGGCAACACACCUCUCCAGAAGGUGCCCUGGCCCCUGGCGUCAGCGUGUACUCAGGGCUUCGAAGAUGUUGCCUGCAGAAGUGACCGUGGGCCGGGUAACACAGGCUCUUCCUGUGGCCUUCGGUGGAGGCUUCCGGUUUAGGCAGUCGGUCUCCAGAGGCCCGACUCUCACCGUGGAAUAGUUACUUUGACUUUACACUCUCUGUUGCUAGUAGUUUAUUGAGCUUUGUAUAUUUGGACAGUUUGACAUAGGGCUUAGAAACUUUAAGGACAAGAAAAAUGAACUUUUAUCUCCCAUGUGAAGUGGUAGUGCUGUGCCUUUUCUCCCCAGAUCAUGCUUUAAUUCUUUCUUUUCUGUAGAAACCAACACUUUUCCAUUUCUGUCAAUGCUAAAUCCAAAGUCACUUCAGAGUUUGUUUUCCACCAUGUGGGAAUUGCAUUCUUAAUUUCCUUAAUAUUUUGAUUUGUAAUGAAAUGUUCAAGUAUUACAGCAAUAUUCAAAAAGCCACAGACGUGUUAACCAUUUAAGCAGAUUAUCUGCCAAAUGUGUGAUAGGACUAGUAAAAGCUUAACCUCGACCCUUAACAAGUCAUUCCUCCAAGUAAGUUAAAAAUAGAUGCUCCAGCUAGUUAACUGUAUGCCUAGAAGUAAGGAAUAAACUGUCAUUUGGACAGUAACAUACAAGUGUUACAAAUCCCAGUAUUACACAGAAAAACUCGUCCUUUCUGUCCUUUGAGUAGCUUGUCCAAACAGCAGAUGAAUGCAUUAAGCACAAAGCCUCUUCCUUAAAGCACAGAGAAGAGAGGCGUACAUUGAUGCUGCAUCUAGAAACACCUUUAGUUGCCUUUCCUCUUUGUAGCAAGUGUUCCGGCAGAUGAGGAAAGCACGGAGGGUCCGAGGAGGCCCAGCCCGGUCCCUGCAUGGCUUCCGGUGGGGUGUCCUCUGGAUGUCAGCAGCGAGGGGUGGUGUGGAGAACUGUCAGUUCUGUGAUCUUAAGCAGCACAGUGAAGGUCCAGAACGAGCCUCCCUUCUGUGGGUCGCUUGUUUCUUCCUCGUGCUUGUGAUUGAUGGUUUUGUCAGAUAGAUGACAUUUCAUUGGAGAAUUUCGACCUCUAACCUGUUUUAUGUCUGUGUGAAAUAAGCCAGUUAUAAAACAGGGCUGGUUUAGGCUGACAGAAUAUGUGUCCUGAAAAUUUACUACAAAUGUGCUAUAAUAUUUAUGAAGUGAGGAAGCCUUCUGGAUUGAAAAUGAGGACACUCAUUUUUUAGUAAAUGAGUACCUUCCCAAGAAGAGUGCCACUACCAAUCAUUGAACAGGAAAUGAUGCCUGCUCCCUCCCCCCCCACCCCCACCCCAAUAAAGCCACCAGCCAGGUAACCUCCCUGAAGCUCAGGCAAGGCUUACAAAGGAAAGGCUGCUGAAGGGUCCAGAACCCACGACAAGAAUGAGGAAGUGCCCACGUGAGGGCAGAGACCCAGCUGCUCAGCCUCUGUUUAAGCUCCAGUUUGCUUUUUUCAGUGAUUUCAGUCGGAAAUCAAUAAAUUCCAUAAGCGUAUGCCUUGAGCGACGUUGUGCUGGUGAGAGGAGACUGGUUCUGUUGGUCAGUGAAGGUGUUUUUCUCAACAGUCUUGUCAGUUCUGUUGCUGUCCCCUAACUACAUGACCCGUGGAAGCUUCCGAGUAGUUUUCUCUUCACAAAUACUAGAGUAACACUAAGGAGGAUGAGAACCACUCUUUGUAGGAGAGGCGACUUUGGAAUAAUGACUUUCUUUCCCGUCUGUUUCACAUUAGCAGUGUACACUACUGUAUAAUAAUCAUUAGCUUUAUUAUCUUGUAAACCAGGCUCCUCUGAAGAGACUUUGGUGAGAUGAACGUGAGGUAAAAAUUUUCAUUCGACAAAAAGUGCAA